GUAUCACCACUUGUGUACAUGAACAUCACUCUUGUUUUAUGUUUAGGGCUGUCUGCCUAUGUUGCAGAUGGGAUAUUUCUUAGCAUCGAUUGCGGGGGUUCGGAAUCUUACACUGACAAGAACAACAUCAGAUGGGUCGGAGAUGAUGACUAUGUUCACAGCGGCGAGUCCCUAAGUGUGGGAAAUGUGUCGCCUCGUGUGAUCAGCACUGUCAGAGUUUUCUCUUCUCUCAGGAAAAACUGCUACACCAUCCCCGUCACAGCCGGCGACCGGAUUCUUGUCCGUGCAAGCUUUUACUAUGGCAACGAAUUCGACGGAGGUGACUCUCCGCCCAUCUUUGAUAUCUACUUUGAUGCCACUUACUGGUCCAGAGUCAACAUAACUGGGUACUCCGAUUACAUCAAUAAUUACGAGGUGAUCUAUGCGGUCAAGAAAAAUACCACCAGCAUAUGUCUUGCUCAAACCCUACCGAACCAGUUUCCCUUCAUAUCUUCAUUGGAACUCCGAAGCUUAGGUCCCGACAUGUACAGUCGUCUCGGUUCGGGUUACGCUUUGUUCAACGUUAACCGGUUUGCUUUUGGAGCAUAUCAGAGCACGAUAAGGUAUCCAGAAGAUCCUUAUGAUCGGAAAUGGUAUUCUGCAAAUGGUUUGUUCACGACCAACGUGAGAGGUGAAGCAGAAAUACCUAAAAUCGACGUAAGCGGUGCAGAAGAUAAUCCUGCGGCAGCUGUAUUACAAAAUGCGUCCACCGUCAAUAGCACUACAAGUUACAUUCAGCUAGAUACUUACCUACUGGACUCUCCAGUCCCCAUCUACAUCACCACCUUCUUCUCCGAAGUGGUUCAGCUGUUCACUACUUCACCCAAUUACAAGCGAUCCUUCCAGAUUUAUGUGGACGAUGAGCCUUAUUCUGAAGAGAUUGUUCCCCCUUUUGGUGGCGUAGUGGAAGUGGCCAUUACCAACAUUACUGCUUCUUCAAACACGUCCAUCACUCUGAGAUCCACCUCUGAUGCCAACCUUCCUGUUCUCAUCAACGCUUUUGAACUUUAUACCGUCAGUGAGCUAUUAUCACCUGGAACUGAUACCAGAGACUUGGAGGGAUUAGCGGUACUGCAGCGGCAGUUCGAGGUGUUGAUUAAAUGGAGCGGCGAUCCGUGUCUUCCAUCAACUGAAUCUCAGUGGGAAUGGGUUGAGUGUAGCACAGGGAAAAUUCCUCGUAUAGUAUCACUGAAUCUGAGCAGCUUCAGUUUGGUUGGUGCAUUACCAGAUUUCAGUUCCAUGGAUGCCCUUGUCACCAUUGACUUGCACGAUAACGGCUUAGAGGGUCCUAUUCCAGAGUUUCUUGGCUCCUUUCCGUAUCUAAAGCAACUGGAUUUGUCAAAUAACAGAUUCAAUGGAACCAUACCUACUUCCUUAUCAAAAAACAAGAAUUUGAAACUAGUGGUGACUGGUAAUUGUCUCACCGGCAUGUCCUGUCCACCACCCCCACCACCCCCACCACCACCACCACCUCAAGUUACUCCUCCAGCUGAGGCGCCGCCAGCUGAGACUCCACCGGACUCUCCACCUGAUUAUCAGGCACCAUCAGCACCAAACACUACACCCUUGUCGUCAGGAUCACGCCCACCACCACCGAAUGAAUUCCAUAUCUAUUCCACAUCUACUGCCACCAACAAUACGGCUGCGCAGCUGCUUCUACUAUUGAUGCUGCUACUGGAAACAAUAAUAUUUUCAGCUCUCUUCUAGCCUCCUUAAUCAUUUACAUAUCAAUCAAUAAUCAACCAUUGUUAUUGGACAACUUCAAAUAAAAAUGUGAUCAGCAUUCCCUCAGCAGUGAGCUAGCUAUAGCUGCAACACAAUUGUAUCUAUUAUCUAUGAGUGAUUUAUGGUUGUACAACUUUGUGUUAUGAAUUACCAAGGGAAAUAUGUAG